ACUUUUUAUUAUAUUUCUUAACAUACUGGCAUUACAAUAUUACACUAUACAUAUACAAUAUUAGAUUUGUGUCUGAUGAUAAUAUCUACCGGAUUCGUUUACUUUCAUUUUGUAUUUAAUGUUUAUUUUCUUAGUAGAUUGAGUGCUCGUGUCUUUGUGAAUUGGUCUUGAUAAUACGUUAAUUUUGUCACUGUUUCUAUUAUAUUGAUGGUUUUUAUCAUUAUUUCUGUCGGUUCUUGUAUUAGAUUCGUUAACUUUGUUUCGAUUUUUGUGGUAACUUCUAUUAGAUUCGUUAAUUUUACCAGUAUUACUGUGGAUUUUCCUAUGAGAUUCAUCAAUUGUGUAUUCAUUUUUGUGGAUAUUCUUAUUAGAUUCGCGAAUUUUAUUACUAUUUAUAUCGUUUUUCAUAUGAGAUUGAUUAACACUAUCUCUAUUUUUAUUGAUAUUUUUAUCGGAUUCAUUAAUUUGAUCAUUAUUUCUAUCGUUUUUCAUAUGAGAUUGAUUAACACUAUCUCUAUUUUUAUGGUUAUUCUUAUGAGAUUCAUUAAUUUGAUCGUUAUUUCUUUCGUUUUUUCUAUGAGAUUGAUUAACAUUAUCUCUAUUUUUAUGGAUAUUUUUAUGAGAUUCAUUAAUUUGAUCAUUAUUUCUAUCGUUUUUCCUAUGAGAUUGAUUAACAUUAUCUCUAUUUUUUUGGAUAUUCUUAUGAGAUUCGUUAAUUUCGUCGAUUUUUCUAUUAGAUUCUUUAGUUUGACCUCUAUUUUUGAAGGUAUUUAUACUACUUUCUUUAAAUUUAACCCUAAGUCUCUUCAAAUUUUCAUUACUUUCCUUGAAUUUUACUUUAUUGUUCUUGAUAUUCCCAUCAAUUUCAUUGUUUCUGGUUCUCUCGGGUCUAUUUUUACUAAAGUUGCUUCUGCUUUGUUUAAUUUUACCUCCAUUUCUGGCAAAUUGGUCAAUUUUGUUUCUGUUUUUGUUCAUACUUCUCGAACUUCCCCGCAUUUUAAUUUUGUUACUGUUUAAACUUUUACCAGAUGCUUUCGAUUUGAUUUCAUUUCUGCUUCUUUUCUGAAUUGUUCUAUGAAUUUUAUCAGUGCUUUUGAUGAUUUUGUUAGCACUUUGUUUCAUUAUAACUCUGCCUUUGUCGACGCUUCUGCGAUUUUCAGGAAUAUGAUUUCGAUUUCUGGAAGUAUAUCUGCCAUAUUCGUUAAUUUUAUCUAUUUUUUUAUAACUAAUCCUUGAUCUAUUAAGUUUACCAGUAUUUGUGUUAAUGUUUUUAUUGAAAUUUCCAUAAGAAUAAUUGCUUUUGUCUCUAUUUCUUUGUACGUAUCUUCCAGAUUCGUUAAUUUUGCUUCUGUUUCUAAUUGUUUCGUCAAAUGCCCCAUCGAAUUUUCCUCUGCUUUUGUUCAAAUUCUUUCCACUUUCAAUAAUUUUAAGUUUACUAUUUCUAUAGGCAGUUUUUCCAUAACCUUUAAAUUUUCCAACAUUUUCCUCGGUUUUCCUUCCAUGUACGUCGAUUCUCAUGCCAGUUUUGCCGAAUUUUCUCCCAAAUUCAUCUUGAUCAAGUUCCAAAAGGUCUUGUUCCAAGUGCUAAUGCUGCUAAUUUUUUAUAUUCAUCGUACCUAAUCAUAUGAUUCUUUUUAUUAUUUCUUUCGGUCUUUGUGAUUCCCGACAGUUGACAAUGCGUCAAAUUGACGCCAUGUAAUUACAAUUAAUCAAAUUACAUGUAAUUUAAAAUGAGUAUUAAUGAUUAAUAAAUUAAUUAAAGUGCAAGUUCGAUGAAAAAUGAAGAAAUUUCGAUAUUAAUUUGGGAGAAAAAAAUUUGUUUGUAACAUUAUUUCGUGGAAUAUUCGAUUCGAUUGAAUUUUUAGGUAAUUUUUGGUUAUUUUUUUUGUUGAAAUGUCUGAAGAUGUGGUCGAAAUUCAUUACUUCAGAAUUUUAUUCGAGAUAAUUAUUGCCAAUUUAGUGGGCUGGUCGAAUUAUUUCGUUAGUCAAUGGGCCACCCCUUAUCGCAGGGGAUUAUUCUGCGACGAUCAAACCAUCAGGUAUCCCUAUAAGGACAGCACGGUUAAAUUUAACAUAAUUUUAUUGAUCGGUUUCGGUCUAAACGGCAUUACUAUGCUCUUCACCGAAUACCUAACGAGAACACCCGACAAAAAGGUCCUCAUCUUCGGCAGGAAGUUCCCCUUCUGGUGCUACUCCUUCUACCGCUCCUUCGCCAUGUUCACCUUCGGAGACAUGAUCCUCUGGGGCGCCACCGACAGCAUCAAGUAUUUGGGGGGCCGGCUGAGGCCCCACUUCUUCGUCGGCUGUCUGCCCGACGUCUGCUUCGAACGGUACGGCCCCAACGAGUUCUACGAGAACUACAAGUGCAUGAACGAGGAGCAAAAGCAGCUGAGAUUGUCCUUUCCAUCCGGUCACACUUGCUUCUCCAUCUACUGUAUGGUCUAUUUCGCGCUCUACAUACACACUCGAAUAAGCGUUCCCGGUACAAGAUUGUUGAAAUUCACCGUGCAAUAUGUUGCAUUAAUGUCCGCUGUUGCAGUCAGCAUGACCAGAAUAUCGGAUUACAAACAUCACGUCAGCGACGUUAUUGCCAGUUUUUUCUUGGGAUUAGCUGCAGCCGUUACUGCCACGGUUUACGCAUCAGAUUUGUUCAAUUUGUCGAAAACUGGAACUUCUAAUAAUUCGGAUCGAAGUGAUCGAAAGAGCGUCGAAAAGAUUCAUAAAUCGAAGAAUGCGUCGAAGCGUGCCGUGGACAAGGAGGCGCAUGCGCAGAGGAUAGAGCAGAUGAUCGGGGAAAAUCGGGAGAAAAAAGGGGGAGACGUGGUGACGGAAUCGUCGAAAUGUUGCGAGUGCGAAUGCGAAUGCGAUAUUGUAACUUUAAAAAAAAACUGUUAAUAAUCCAUAAAUUUAGUUACAUUUUUAUUUUACACUAAAAAAAAGACAGUUGACAGUUGUGUCAAAGUGACAUGAUAUUGAAAAAAAACAACAAGUGUCAAAUAUCAACGAUUUUUAUUUAUAAAUCAUUAUUAAUUAGUAAUAUUAAGGGUAUCGGUUGUAAUUAAAGUUCGUAUAAAUUCAUUACAUGGCUAAUUAGGUACUAAUCGUACUAGAUUAAUUCGCUAUUACAAAAAUAGUCGCUCUUAUUUGAGUUCCCCAAUCUCUAAUAUCUCUAAAAUUAAAUUGAAAAAAAUGCAAAAAUUACUCGUGUCAUAACAAACUGAAAAAAAGUCGAGAAAACAAGUACAAUAAAAAGUAAAAUCACCCUGUAUAAAUAUCACAUUUUUUAUCAGGCGUUUCUCGACCUGGUCUGUUGUAAUUGAGCGCUCAAUAUCAUCGUUUUCUCUCCUAAUCUGGCGUUGUGUUCCUUCAGAAAGGUGAUCAAAUCGGCCUGGACAAAUACAUUUAUUAAUAAAACUAAUACUCACGUUUUAUUCGCUUUAUUAAGCGUUUUAUUAACAGUUUUAGUACCUGUUUUUCCAGCAAAUCGUAGACCUUAUCACCGAGCUGUCUGUAGCCAACUUCACUUUGCGUCAAGGCCUCCGGCGAUGUUGUAUUCGUCCAUUCUUCCUUUUGGACGUCCGGUAGAGGUUUCUGCUUGUUGAAUUUCCACACUU